AUGAAGAGGACCCCAGAAGAUGUGCAAAGGAAUGUCACGGUUGCAGAUGUAUGGACGUUGGAAGGCGAGCAUAUUCCGAGUUACAUGGUUCGAGGUGGAUUUCUUUCCCAUGUUGAGGAGUAUCAGGAUGCCAUGGCGGACAUUUUGUCCGUGGCUUCGGCCAAGCAGAAGCACGACCAGCUCAGCGAGAUCCAAGAAACGCUCGGCGCAGAGCUGUCGGAGCUGUCGAAGCUAUCGGAGCUGAAGCAGGUGGACGAGCCGAAAACGCACAGUUCAGCUCCCUGGCUGGCGCUGCUGCUAAUUCUCCUGGUCUUUGCCAUCAUGGGAUUGGCCGUGUGGCGCCUGAGCCGACCAACGCCGAAAAAAACGAAACGAAAGGAGAAAGGUGAGAAGGCCGCGUAGACGUUGUAAUAUUUUGUGAUGCAAGAUCUCAAGAAGAAAAACACCUGGAUCAUCAGCAUGCUGAGCAAAUGGACAUGGGACCCUGCGGCUUUGCGAACAGUCGGGUGCUCACUUGGAUGCAGGGUAAACUUAGCGAAAUCAGAUUUGCCAUUUAGUUAUAUUCAGUUGCAUUUUAGCGGCCAAUCGACCAAUAAACUCAAUAAACACAUUCUGAAAGCUCAUUGAUCAGUGAUUCAACUUCCCUUGCCGCUGAGGUCAGACACGGUGAGUCGUGACAGUCGUGACAGUCGUGACAGUCGUGACAGUCGUGACAGUCGUGACAGUCGUGACAGUCGUGACAGUCGUGACAGUCGUCACCAUCAACCUUCAGCCGUGGACACAGCUGGUGAAGGAGGACGAGAUCGAGAUCUCUGAUGCCGGGGCUCAACCUCUCGAUACCACCCGAAAAUCAGGGCAGAAAA